CUAGACCUAUAUAGUUACCGAAUACAGAUUCCGUCCGUCAGCCGGAUCCUAAGACUUCGUUUUGACGCAUUGCUUUUUAGACUUAUCGGGGUGCUGCUGCCUCACCCGUCUUAUCUCCUGACCAAUCUUAAUCUCGGUUGCAGCUAUACCUUAAUGCGAGAGUUGCGAAAGCGCUGCUGUUGUCAGAAGCUCAGAUGCCGCAACCAAAGCAGGCUUUUCAGAACCCCAAAAGUCCUCGACAUCUUGACCAAGCAACGCACUGCCCACUUGUGACGCAACUCAACUUCAUUUCUGACAAAUCCAUCGUUUCGAGACGAAAGUGAUCAAAUGAGUGACUCACGGAUGGUGCCAGAGGGAUUGCAUCUUUCGUGUGUUCCACAGAACCUUGAGGGCCGCUACGGAGUGCGGAGUAGUUUAUCAUCAAACUUGGAGGUUUUCUUCUUCGGAAACAAGCAUACUGGCCCACCAAUGACGUCGGCUCCUUGCUGAGUCGAGCGGAUUCGGAGUUGAGAAAAGCGUUCGGAAUUUCUAGGUAUUCGGAAUUGCGGGGUUCGGAGCUGGAUUCUCAAGCCAAACUGCUGAUGGGUCACGGAACACAGGCGAAUCCAGCUCCCACUUAAUGGCUGACAAAGUUUGCUUAAACGCGAUUGCUUGGUUCAACACAGGAUCACGGAAUUGUCGUUCGGUCUGUGAUUUCAGAGAAAGUGGAACCAUUUUCCGCCCUACCUCAUGAGUCGUGAAGAAAUGGGAGUCCUCUUCAACAUA